AUGAUGAACCGGCACGCCAGCGCCAGCACGCCCAGCUCGCUCUUCUUUGCAUUAGCGGAUGGCAAGCGAGGGACCCUGACUUGCACAAUGGGGCGCUCGGCCUGCACAAACCCCGCAUUUCGACGCGUCCAGACUUUCCCCCUUUCUGACCAGACCUCCCCCAGAAACGAAAGGGCAGCAAAGACAGCAGACGAGACGACGUCAGUGCGAGCUCUGGUGGCACCACCCUCCGCCCAUUGGCCACCCUUUGUCGUUCUCUGUCAUCGCGAAUCUGACGACGAAUCUGACGACAAAAUGAUGCCGAUGUUGUCCAUUGGGGGAUUGCCGCGGUCCAACUCGUGCAAGACGCACGCAAAGGCGCGGCUCAAGGAAACCCUCACGCCUGAUCUGCUUGAGAAGCUCCGCCGGUUCUGGUUCAAGCAUCUCAAGACCGAUGAGGCCUAUAUCUUACCUCAGAGGAGCCAGAUGGGCCGAUGGUUCUACUCCGACGUCGACUUUGAUGAGGCUUGCGUGAAGAAAUUCCGCCCCGUUUUGGAGGCCAUGAAGUCAGCCAAGAUCACAACUCGAGACAUUCUCACAAUUGUGAGGCCAUUCACACCUUUGCAGUGGCUCGGUCUGGUCCUGCUCCUAGACCAAGUCCCGCGAAACAUCUACCGGGGUCCAGAGUCAUCGACAGUCUUUAAGUUCUUUGACCCUAUUGCGCGAGAAAUCGCACGUCACGCCAUCAACGCCGGCGCUGCGACUCACAACAGGAUCAAGUACCGCGUGGCCUACCGUAUGUGGUUCUACCUGCCCUUCAUGCACUCCGAGGACCUGGCGCUGCACGACUUUGCUGUGGCGCAGUACCAGCAGAUGAAGGACGAUUUUGAGGAGCUGAUGGCUGAAGACGGAGAGGCCGGCAGCGACGAUCAGCGCAAGUGCUGGGGCGUGUUGGCGGUGCAGAAAGAAGCCGCUAGAGACCUGCUAGAGACGAAUUGUGAUUUUGAGACGAAGCAUCGCGACAUCAUCGUGCAGUUUGGACGAUACCCGCAUAGAAACAUGGCCAUGGGCAGGGAGUCUACUGCACAGGAGAAGAAGUAUCUUGAGACGGGUGGCGAGACGUUCAGCGCUGCGAGCUAA